AACGUGGAGGAAAUAUUUCUCAAUUGGUCUACUCUCAACACUAAUAUUUUACAGAGCAUUGGAGUAAUCACUUCUCUCUUAAAACUCUGUCUUUAUAUGAUUGUGGACUUAUUGGUUCCUUACCUAAUCAAGGAUGGUGUGAUCUAAAAAGCUUGAAAUAUUGGAUGCAAGUUGGAAUACACUUGAAGGGAUGCUUCCUCUUUGUUUGAGUAACUUGACUUCUCUUCGUGAGUUAGAUUUGUCUAAGAAUCGACUCAAUGGAAAUCUAAUUCCUUUAACAAAUCUUACAUCACUUAGAUCCAUCCAUCUUUCAGGAAAUCAUUUUCAAAUUCCAAUGUCAUUGGUUCCAUUUACAAAUUUACCAAACCUCAAGUUCCUCUACAUUGCUGAAAACAAUAUGGUAAUGGGACCUUCCUCCUAUACGCCCAUCCCAAAGUUCCAGCUAAGAGAGAUCAAUUUGUCAAACUGCAUAACAUCUCAAGAACUCAGUCUUGAACUUGCCACCUUCCUUCACUACCAAUAUGACUUGAGAUUUGUGGUUCUUUCUGGAAACAAUUUCAGUGGAACGUUUCCAGUUUGGUUGUUAGAAAACAAUACGAAGUUAGAGGUGUUCAUCUUGAAUGGUAAUUCUUUUAAAGGUCAUCUCAGAUUACCAUCAGUUCCAAAUUCUAAUUUAGCUUCAUUUGACAUAUCUGAUAACAAGUUACAAGGUCAGAUUUCAUCCAACAUAUGUUCAAUUUAUCCACAUCUGGGAGACUUAUUCUUAUCUAAGAAUGCCUUUGAAGGUAACAUCCCUCCUGGUUUAAGUGGCAUGAUGAAUUUAUCAUUUUUAGAUCUGUCAGACAAUCAAUUGUCUGGAAGAGUAGCGGCAGAGUUGAUCAUGAAAAGGUUGUACGGCUUGAGACUAUCAAAUAACAACCUCAGCGGAAAUGUAGUUCCUGCUAUUCUCAAAGCAAAUGGGUUGUUAAAUUUAUAUUUGGAUGGAAAUAAUUUUUCUGGAGAGAUGGUCAAUGUUGAUGUCUCUACUUUUCAGUUUCCAACUUCACUGCAGGAAAUUGAUCUCAGUAAUAACAAGUUGUAUGGAAAGCUCCCAAGAUGGAUGGGGAACUUUUCAUAUUUGCGGAGAUUGGCUUUGUCUAACAACAGUUUUGAGGGUUCUAUUCCAAUAGAGUUUUGCAGAUUGAAUGGCUUGGAAUUUUUGGAUCUUUCACGAAACAAUUUAUCUGGCUCUAUACCAUCUUGCGUCAAUCCUCCAGACAUAGAGCAUGUCCACCUUCAUGGGAAUAGACUGAGCGGUACAUUGUCACAUGCUUUUUAUAAUAGCUCUUCACUUGUGACAUUAGAUCUUGGAGAAAACAAUUUAACCGGUAGGAUUCCGAAAUGGAUUGACACUCUUUCUUCUUUGAGUGUCCUUCUGUUAAGAGCUAAUCAUUUACAAGGUGAAAUUAACUUUACAAACGGAUGA